AUGGGGUCUGUCAACACGCCGGCUAAUCCAAAGACGCGUGCGACCUCACACUGGGCCUGGUUACAUUCUCACCAGCCCUCACACAAUCAUAUCUCCCCUCAUACGUCGGGACGCACCCGGCCACGUAUGGGGUUUGUCAACACGCCGGCUAAUCCAAAGACGCGUGCGACCUCACACUGGGCCUGGCUACAUUCUCACCAGCCCUCACACAAUCAUAUCUCCCCUCAUACGUCGGGACGCACCCGGCCACGUAUGGGGUUUGUCAACACGCCGGCUAAUCCAAAGACGCGUGCGACCUCACACUGGGCCUGGCUACAUUCUCACCAGCCCUCACACAAUCAUAUCUCCCCUCAUACAUCAGGACGCACCCGGCCACGUAUGAGGUCUGUCAACACGCCGGCUAAUCCAAAGACGCGUGCGACCUCACACUGGGCCUGGCUACAUUCUCACCAGCCCUCACACAAUCAUAUCUCCCCUCAUACGUCGGGACGCACCCGGCCACGUAUGGGGUCUGUCAACACGCCGGCUAAUCCAAAGACGCGUGCGACCUCACACUGGGCCUGGCUACAUUCUCACCAGCCAUCUUACUGUCACUUGGGCCUGGCUACAUUCUCACCAGCCAUCAUACUGUCACUUGGGCCUAGCUACAUUCUCACCAGCCAUCUUACUGUCACUUGGGCCUGGCUACAUUCUCACCAGCCAUCAUACUGUCACUUGGGCCUGGCUACAUUCUCACCAGCCAUCUUACUGUCACUUGGGCCUGGCUACAUUCUCACCAGCCAUCUUACUGUCACUUGGGCCUGGCUACAUUCUCACCAGCCAUCAUACUGUCACUUGGGCCUGGCUACAUUCUCACCAGCCAUCAUAUUAUCACUUGGGCCUGAGCAUAAUCACAAUAUGAGGGGUACGUGGGGUAGUGCGUAUAGCACUGUAAACUAA